GUAAUUCUAAAUAUAGCACACUUUAAAUGAACGAUUAUUGAUCAGGAAGGAAAGAAAUGGUUAAAGAUAACACAUUUUAUGGUAUAAAUUUAACAUGUAGGUUUUACAUUUCGAAGUUUAUUGGAUAUUAAGAAAUAAGAUACUCCAGAGAUAUGACGAGCCGCAACACAAAUGGCGACUAUGACAGCGUUCUAUAUACAAAAGUGAUGACGAAUGGUUUGGACGAAGAUAAUGACAUGUCCGACGAGGAAGAGGUUGUCAUCGAGAAGAAAUCUCUUAUAUCAGACAAUAAGUUAUUAAACGAAAUGCCAAGGAGCUCAAGGAAUAAUUAUUGCUGCGUUAAUAGAAGGAUAACGACAUACAUUCUAUUUAUAUUUGGCGCUAUGCUAUUUAUAGCUGGCUUUAUAAUCGGACUUCUAAUUGGAGGAUUGAUCCACAAUUUUAACCAAUCAGAAGACUCAAAAAUCAAACACCCAAUGAUGUCACAUAAUAGUUCUUGUAAUUGUUCAUUUAAUUCACCUCACAUUAUUUUGUCGACAACGGAAGAUAGCAAAGAUGUUGUGAACGUUACUCCCGAGAAAACGACGAGAAAAACAACAACACAUUCGACGGUAGUUACACAAACACACAGUUCGACAGUCACUAAGUCUUGUAAAUCAUGCAAAUCCCGCAAUCCUUUUGAGUCUGGAGUUCAUGACCCAAGCGCGUCUCUUUUCGCACCAAUGACAACCAACGAGAUGAAGGCUGUCUCCAUAGCAAUGAUAACUAAAAAUUACGUGUCAAACGAUCCAAAGUUCGGUGAUGACAGACUUUCGCAUAUGUACCUUUAUCCUGUGAUAAAAGCUGAAGCACUUAAUCAUCUUGAUAAGAAAAUGCCAUUCCCCGGAAGAUUUGCAAAAGUUCAUGUUUAUCGCCCGACACAUGAUCCACCGGAUGUUAUGGAGUACAAAGUUGGACCGCUUAAUGUUUCAUUUCAAGAUAUGACAGUCAAAAAGCUACUAAAUGACGGAGAUGUCCACUUUAACAGACGACCUUACGACGUGUUGGAAUCUAGCAAGCUCUAUGAAAAGAUUAAGGUAGAAAUAAAAGCUAUCGCAUCACUGUUGUAUGAAAGCUUUGAUGGAAUGAAUGUAUCUAAAGACACUUCGCAGGAACUUUCUUAUCAGCCUACACUAGACAUAAACGACCGUACUUCCGGUAUGGUGUUAGUUUCAAAUACAGGAAGACCGGAUACACUUCGUCUACUUCCGGUUUCAUGCACCAUUCAAACAUCCGGGGACUGGUUUCCCUUUCAAAAAACUGCAUCUGAUAUGCAAGAAGCGUUUGAUCAAAUGAUACUGCGUAAAAUCCAUUUCCCGAAAAUGCAUCGUGAAUCUCACAAAGGCGAUUUUCUACGAGUCAGAAAUACAUCUUUACCAUCACGUGAUCUAUCCGACAUUCCUCCUCCAAGAACUUAUGAGCCGGAAGGCCCCCGGAUUUUUAAAAAGGGAGGAAAUGCCUUACGAAAUUAUCAACUUUCCCAAGAUAUUACACUUCUGUAUUCAUCUCAAACAAAUGGUCACGGGCCCCCAGUUUUAAGUGAUACAUUCUUUUUGAUAGGGGAUUAUAAUAGGCCAAUUUACGAUGUCGAUUGUCCUAAACGAAGUAGUAUUCUAAAUGCAACUACAUUUUUUGCAGGAUCGCCAAUAGAUAUGAACGCGAUUUGUGUUUUUGAGGCAGAUGGUCAGAGACCAUUAUGGCGGCACGGGUCACGUGGUUUAGCAGAUCAUUACCUCGUGGUCCGGGCACCGAUAAGUGUAGGUAACUAUGAUUAUGUUUUUGAAUGGAAUUUCCAUCUUGACGGUCGUCUGAAGACUAAAUUGACAGCGUCUGGAUAUCUUUUUGGAGCGUUUUACGACCCAGAUGACCCAAUGGUAGCAGUCGAUAAAAGUUUCACUCCUUUUGGAUAUAGACUUGCUGAAUAUUUGCUCGGACCGAUUCACGAUCAUACAUUCUCCUUCAAGAUUGAUUUAGAUAUAUUCGGAACUAAAAAUAGUUUUGAAACUGUAAAAUGGAAGGCAGGAAGCACUACAGAUGCCUUUCGAUCGGAGAGCAAUAUUAGCCGAAAGCCUGGUUAUAUUUUAUUCAAUCAAACACGGUAUGUCAACAGUGAAAUACUUAAACACGAAAACAGUUUUAUUUUAGAUACGAAAAAUCCAAAAGUGUGGGCGGUUGUUAAUGAAAAUAAAAUAAAUGCGUGGGGCGCAAAGAAAGGUUAUCGGGUCAUUCCCCAUUCAAAAUACGCCGAAAACUUUGACAGUCACAUGAUGCUACAUGUUUGGGACCAUUUAAAGUAUCAACUUGCUGUUACUAAAAGGAAGGAAUCCGAACAGUACUCUACUAACUCUUUAUACGUCAUCACGCAUCCAUUAACAAUGCAACAAGGGAGUAAUGUAAUGAAAUUAGACGAUGAUCCAGUUCAAAAUGAAGACAUUGUUCUUUGGAUUAGUGAAAAGUUUUAUCACCUGCCGACGUCCGAAGACGUGCCAAUGACACUUCCGGCGGAAGCAGGAUUCACUUUAAAACCGUUCAAUUACUUUGACAGGACACCUGUGUUUGAUUUACCUGCGCGUUAUUCGAAAACCGAUCCAUACGAGAAUAUUCCUUGUUUUGUCACAGACUGAAGGGUUUUGAGACAAUACUGUGCUUAUCAUAUGAAAU